CAAGUCGUGGAAAUGAACUCGGUUUCGGUUGUUCACCAAGUUGUCACUAAGUUGUCGACAAAAAUUGCUUCCGAAACUCUUUCGCACCAAGUUGACGACAAGUUUCUCAAGAAAUUUGGCGACGUAUUGCGGCAGUAUAUUGGUCUUGUUUUUCUCAGAACUUGUAGCCAACUUGACACCAAUAGUUACAAAUUCGGAAGUUGACCGCAAGUUGUCGCUAAGUUGGUGGCAACUAUCUGACACCAACUUGGUUGGUCUGAAACUGUGGCUAUCAGGGUAGUUAGAACUAUAAAAUUCAUAAAAACGGUAUUACUUUUAUCUACUUAAUAGGACUUGUAUUUCUAUGAUAUACAACAGCAACGCUGGUAAUAAUAAUGGGGGUUUAUUCGUAUGUCAAUAUAUCACUUUAAAUUUGAUUUAUUAAUUAAUGUAUUUAUGAUGAUGGUCGUUUGGUCGGGGAUAUAUAAAUGAACUUUUUCCUUGUCACUUGAAUUUUCUUAUUUUAAAAAUAAUUUUUUCUUUUUUCUUAUUUUUAUAUCGACUUCUAUUUUUAAAAAAUGGCAAUUUUCUUACAUAAUACUGUGAUUAAAUACUUAUUUAAAUCACCAAUAAAACACUUUCCUAGAUUUUCUAGCCUAUUUACACCGGAUUAUUUAAGUUUGCUAAAACCUAAAAUACCGUUAUAUGGAAUGGUGAAUGUACACAUUAAAGGUUACAAUUAUCCUACAUUAGAAAAUUUUCAACGAUUAAUUCAUCAACAUGCAGUACAGCUAGACAUUGAUAUUGAAAAUAGUUUUGCGACGCCUUCAAAAUCACUUAAAAUACAACGAUUAAAGGAUGUUAAUACCGGUUUACAAAUUGAUUAUCAAUUAGAAGUUUAUGAAAGAAAUGUGGUAGUAAGUGAUGUAUCAUCGAUUCGACUCCCCAUGUUUAUAAGAUUAUUAGAAUCAACACUUCCAGAAGGAGUAACGUUAAAAGUCCAACCAUGGGAUUCGACAAUUGAAAAUAAACGAUAUAUCCCUGAUAAAGAACUUAUAGAAGCGAAAACUGAAUUAGAGAAUAUGCGUAAAAAAUAAAAAUCUUGAUAAAUUUAA